UCAUCUCUGGAUAAAAGUACGGGAUUCAAGAUCUAACAGGAUCCGACAUCAAAUAUAUGACGGCGACAACAUGGAUAUAUAUUAAAAUAUAAAUAAACCAUGUCGCGUAGUACAUUAAUGACAAUUAUAACACGUAAAGUAACAAAGUGUCAUAUACAAAUCACCUAUAAAGAUUCUUAAUUACAAUUAAAAGAAAACAACGAUAAUCUUGUUUCUUAAAGUCUUUAAUCCGAUUACCCAUAAAACACGGCGCCCAUGUCUCGAGACAUCGAGUUCAGAUCUAUUUUAUCCGCUUUAAAUAUCAUCUUUCGAGGAAAUAUACAGUAUAUAAGUAAGAAUUUCUUAUCUGAAAAAUUAAUUCGUUUAAAAUAUCAGCGCCGAGAACUCCAGAUUUUUAUCAUCUUAGUUUUGAUAAAGAUUUUUGUUCUCAGGGUCAUAUGACGCUAUUAAUACAGCUCUAAAUAGGAAAGAAAACACUCUUAAAUUUUGUGGGCGACAUCUCAAAAAUCGAAUUAGUUAAAGUGAUAACACUGCGAUUUAAAGAGAAAGUUUAAAUCCCACUAAAUCUUCGGAUUUAGAUUCAUAAAUUGUGCUUCUGAUAGUGGCGCACAGUAACAUAGGGAUAAAUUUCAUUGUUGGAAUGAAACCGAUACAUCACCGUAAUAAAUUCAAGUGUUUGUGAUUUUUUUUACUUCUUCUGUAAUUAUUUACCAAUUUAGAACUAUCAAUGGCAAUGAAGUGUGCAAUAUUUGGACUGUUAAUGGUGCAAACUUUUUGCACAACGCCUGUAGUUGCUACAAUGGAAAGAAAUAUUUUACCAAUAACUUUUUCUGAUUAUAUUGGAAAUUCUGCGGAGAGUAUAUCAAAUGUUAAUGAAAUAAGAAACAGUGACACUGCCGAUAAAGAAGGAUCAUUGUUGUUGGAUCUUGUGCGAAAUGGCGCGCUUCAGCUUCAAGCAGACGACAUUAAACAGAACGAGGUCAAGGACAUUAAAAGAGAUGAGGUCUACACACACUUAAUUCAGAAUGGAGGGGUUCGGACUGACUUCACAAAACCGUCCAUUGGAUUCAUGUUAAAGGUUUUUGAGCAUUUAUUAGACGGUGAAGGGUUAGAUAAAGCGGUCGGACACACGGACGACUGGACGAGGGACGCUAUUCAGUUCUCCGAUACAGUCAGAAGUUUUACAGGAAAAAAAUACAAAAAAGAACACGUGAUAUUCAAUAUACCAGCUUUGCCAGUGCACGAGCAUGUAGCUAUGGCUGAAAUACGUCUCCAUAGCGACAAGAAGAAAAGCAGACGACAACGUUUCGUGCUGCUUGUCAGACGCGGCAAGAAGACGCUGGACAAAAUUCAAAUAAAAUCAACGAAAGGAAAAAGUUUCUUAUACAUUCCAAAGAAAAUAAUUGCACAGAUUAAUCGUUUCCAUGGAAACUUUUCCAUUGUUCUACGCGAAAAGACCAAAAAGCGAAAGUCAUCGCUCACAGAAAACGCACCAAUAUUAGUUAUUUAUUCAUCCGAUAAUGGAUUUAUGAAAUCUGUUUACAAAAGUUACACAUCGAAUGAAAAUACAAACAAUGCCAAUCAAGAUCUCAAUAGAAGCAAGCGUUCUGCGAAAACUGAUCAACAACGAAAACGAGGCCGGAGGAGAAAGAAUAAAUGGACUGACAGAGAUGCGGAACCGUGUAAAAUGCAUGACUUUAAAGUAGACUUUGAUCUUAUUGGUUGGGGUCCAUGGAUAAUUCAUCCAAAGACAUAUAACGCGAAAGUGUGCUACGGACAGUGUCCUUCACCUAUAGGUCACGAGUUCUCGCCAACAAACCACGCGAUGCUACAGACGCUUAUGAAAAUGAAGCGCCCCCGUGCGGCGCCCGAACCGUGCUGUGUGCCAACUAAACUCCGCCCUUUAAGUAUGUUAUAUUUUGAAUAUGACGAUAUUGUAGUACGUCACCAUGAAGAUAUGAUUGUAUCAGAAUGUGGCUGCCGGUGAUAGCUUGCAAACUUUUAGAUUUAUAAAAAUGAAAUAGUGACUUCUCCAUAUUUUUACAGAUCUUAUGAUCAUACGAAAAGAACCUAGUCAAUAAUUUAUGCCAAAUUCGGAAAUAGAUUCUUUAUAAUCAGGAAUAACAGAACAUUUUUUUCAAGCAGUUUUUAUAACACUUAAAAAGUUGCAAAAAUGUCAACAUUUCAGCUUUCUGCAAAAAAAAUGAUGGAAAAAAAUCUGUAAAUUGGAAAUGUUCUGAUGUUUUUUUCUGUUUUUGUUGGUUCCACAACAUAGUAACAAGUAAC